UGGCUGAAAGCACUUGUUUUCACCAUCGUCAACCGCACUCGUUUUUCACUCUCUGACAGCCCCUUGCAUUUAGGAAACCCUCAUAAGCUUGUGCCACCUUUGGAUUUGAGAUUGUACGGUCAAGAUCAGAUUCCUGAUCUUACUAGUAUUCCAUCCCCAAGGUUGUUUGGCACCCACCUUGCGUAUGCAGCUUUAGCAGAGUCAAUCAAACAAGCAAAAAGCCGAAUUGUCUUAAUGUUUCUCAGGUACGAGCAGUUGAAAGAAAACCCAAUAUUGCAAAUAAAGAGGAUCGUAGAGUUUAUAGGCUUUCCUUUCUCUCAUGGACAUGUUGAAAAAGUAUGCCAAAAUAAAGGUAAAAGUGUUGAUGAGAAGGCAGUUGUGGUUGAAGAACUUCAAGCUGAAGAUGAGGUUCUGUUUAUGGUUAAGAGUUCCGAUAAUACUGAGAAGAAUGACACUUGGUUUUUGGACAAUGGUUGCUCCAAUCAUUUGAUUGGAUGCAAAGACUGCUUAUAA